AAAGUAAAAUGUGAAAACAUUUGUUCGAUUUGUACGAAAAAGGAGGACUCUUUAUGACGAUCGUAACGCGAGAUAAAGAAAAAAAAGAAAAAAAAAAGAAGCGUACAGAUGACAUUCCUCGUGCAUUGCUUUGCAGUGAAUCAUCUACGGACGAAGAAAAAAGUUGGGAAAGUUUCGAAGAGCCAGGAAGAGUGUAUCCCGUUUUCGUAUACGUCGCGCCCUGAUGAGGAAUGCGGGAACUAGUAAUUUUUAUUUCUCGUGCGUGGAGCAGUAAAGUGUACUAAUUUAUUGAAAUAAUUACGACACUCAUCCCGUUUUUGCACCUUCGCACAAUGUGAGUAAUCAGAGAACAAUCUUGUACGGCCAUCUGUUUACGUUACGAUAACGGCGGCAUGUGAAAAUCCUCCUUGGCUACGUAUCGAGGAUAUUCUUUUGUUUAUUUAUGCAGUCCUUCAAGUUCAGAAAGCUGCAAAAAUAUCAACGAUUGCGUGCAAAUGCAGCGUUCCCAGGUUCGUAACGGGCAUACACCGACGGAUCGGGUUCACGAUCACCUCGUAUAGUUUCCCGCUGUGAUGUUGUACAUCCACGAAAAAUUCAAUAUCUCCGGAUUAUCAACAUUCCAGAGUGUUGACACCUCUGUCAGAGUGCUCUGCUUUACCAUUACUAGAAUAUCACCGUCUCUUUCUCGAUCGUUCACUCCGCAUAAUACCCUCUCAGUUUCUGAUAUCCGAAUGCCGCGUAGUGUCAAAUAAGAAUUGCACGAGUAGGUUUACGUUCCCAGUGGUUUUUGGUGCUCGGAAAUGUGAGAGUGAAUGAUCCACGAGCAAUUACCCGUGAUCAAUUACUCGCGUUCGUCUUCUCUACGAGUUUCGAGGUGAAGUGAAAUAUUGGUUGAAGUUAGAGCUAGUUAAAUCGGACAUAUAUCACCUUUGAAAAUCGAGCUGGACAAUGUUUGAAAGAAAAGUAUUUACGAUACUGUUCACAAACAAAUUCACGCCAACGUGAAUGCGAGUAAAAUGAUAUUUUUAAUCCCAACGUGAAAACGUUAGAAGUAACAUAGAUUUAUUGGAGUAGUUAACAAAUGAGAAAAAAAGCUCAUGGCUCUGAAUCUUGGAGUAUUUUACAUACCUGAAAUGUCUUUAAUAAACUGCUUAAAUGUAUCUGUAUGAUUGAUCAAAUUAUUCUGAUCUAUAUUUACAUAGUCCUCGAGAGUACGCAAUCUAAAACUUUGGUAUCUCUGGAUUAUCAACACACCAGAGUGUUGAGACCUAUGUCAGAGUGCUGUCUCUUUCUUGAUCUCAGAGUCUGUACAAUUUUCUCUUGGGUUUUAUUCUUGAAUACCACUUAAUGUUGGUAAGCUAAGUAAUGUUUGAAAUAAAAGUAUUUGCAAUGCUAUUGCUUAAACAGUGAAUGCCAAUAUGAGUAUAAGUAAGAUAAAAUACAGAAGGCAUAAAUGAAAAAAUAAGAAAAUGAGUUCUCUGCAACAAGGUAGCAGAUUCUUGCCUUUUUCGAAUAAUAAUAUACAGAGGAAGCAAUUAUCGAUGCAAGGUGGUCUUCCGCAAAGCUUAAGUGGUAGUGAAACCGAUGUUUCAACAUCAAAUGAGAAUCUAUCCAAUGAAGAUCGAUAUGUAAUAAGACAUACUGCACGUCAAGAACCCCAAGGUCAAGAGAAUCAGCAGCAAAGUCCAUCCAGAUCUUCCAGUCACAAAGAAAAUAUACCAAAUAUACAAGGUAACCUACUCAACAGAAACAGUUUGAAGGACAGUUUGAAUGGAUCGAACAGAAACAGUCUGAAAGAGAAUUUGAAUGGCUCCAAUCGAAAUAGUCUGAAAGACAGCAUUAAUGGUUCUAAUAGAAAUAGUUUGAAGGAUAACUUAAGUAAUCGUACUAGUGUAGGUUCGAACAGGAGUAGUUUAGACGUGUCUACGAGCUCGUACAACACGCUCAUCAUACACAAUGCUAACGAUGAUAGUUCAUGGGUACCAUCUGGAAGGUUGUCAGGUGUUGUAAGAGAGCAUGGAGAUAUGGGUUACUUGUAUUGCGAUGGUGGCGGAAAAGGACAUUCGAACAGUCCUACUAUGCAGUCUUUAUCGAAUCUGUCUCACGAAGAUCAUGUUUACGAGCAACCUAGUAACGGAGGAUGUCAAGAAAUUACCGAUAUACCAGAUGAUUAUUUAAGUCAAUCGCAGCAGGUUUUAAAACAUCUUGCAAAAGAAGUCAAGGUACCAUCGUAUAGUAAACUUGCGAACAAUGGAGGAAAUAUCGAUGUGAGAAUGAGAGACAGCGAUAGAGGAAAACAGAAUGAUAGCGAAUCUGAAGACAGACCGCCACCUUCGUACAUGUCCGUUUUACUACCACUGAAAAAUAAAUCGCGACUUGUUGGGCCAAUGGAAAAGUUGACGUUAUCAAGAUCGCAGCCCGAUUUGUCUAGAAUUGGCAAGCCAGACAUUGAUAAUUACAACUUGCGAACUACUUCUCCACGCCCUCAAACGAAAGGGAGAGAAGAGACGGAAUCCGCGGCAGCUGAAAUAUGGCCGCCGUCGGAAAUGAUUCAGAUUGUUAUUCAAGAAAACAGUGCCUUAAAACUAGAGUUGGAACGAUGUUACAACAAAGUCGCGAAGUCUCAAAAAUUGGAACAAGAAAUUGCGAAAGUGCACAGGGCGCACGAAGAAUUAGCAGCAUCGUGCGAACGGAGGGAAAAGCUUGAACGAGCUGCAAGAUUAAGGCUACAAAACGACUGCAGACGGUUAACCGAAUUAAAUCGUGCAUUGAGAGAUCAAAUAGACUUACUGUCCGCACGCACCGAUAGUCCGCCGAUUGUGGAAUCUAUGAGAAAGGAGUUAACUCAACGCGAAUUAUUAAUUGGACAAUUGAUCACACAAAAUAAAGAAUUAGCUGCAGCAAAAGAAAGACAAGAAAUUGAAUUGGCAGCGCAACGAGCAACGUUGCAGGAACAGCGUACACAUAUAGAUAUUUUAGAUACUGCUCUCACUAACGCCCAAGGGAAUGUCGUACGUCUCGAAGAAGAGAGCCGGAAGAAACAAGUGUACGUAGAGAGAGUAGGCCAACUCCAGCGAGCUUUGUCUUCUCUUCAAGCGUCUAGCGAUAGAAGAGAAGAAACAGAGCGACAGUUGAGAGGUCAAUUAGAACGAGAGUUAAGGGAAGGUGGUGGCGGCGGUGUUAAUGGUCAUGAACAAUCCUUCAAUGGAGAAACGAUCGCUGAGUUGAAACGACGCAUACGCGAAAGAGACGAAAAAAUUAUGUCGCUCGAGGGUGACGUUACGAAGUGGGAGCAACGUUAUCUCGAAGAAAGUGCAUUAAGACAAGCUGCAAUUGAUGCAGCUAGUCUCCCCAAGGACGCUAAAAUAGCCGCGUUAGAAAAAACGAGUCAAGACGCCGAGAAGUUAAUCGCGGAGGCACGUUCUGAAAAAAUGAGACACAUGGACGAAGUGCACGCUGCACAGAAGAAAUUGGCCGAUCUUGAAUCUAGAAUGAAAGAUCUAGAGUCGAAACUAGCUGAAAGGGAUGCAAUGAUCAGAGUCCUCCAGAAACACACGUACGAUAAAGAUAGCAGUAGCAGUAGCGGGGUUGGUAGCUACCCUGCCGCUCACUCAUCUCAUUCGAGUACGUCUGCGGAUCAUCAUACUGCAUUGACGAGCACACCAGAACUUGUGAGCAGUGUACUGGGCGGGGGCAGUGGCUAUGGAAGUACUGGCUCGUACGGUGUCACGGAAAGCUAUAAGUACAGGAAACAAGGAAGUUUCGAGCAAACAAAUAAAAGUCUCGACGAUCAGUUAAAAGAGCUGGACUCCCAGCUGCUUAGUAAGCGGGCACUUUGCUGUUUUCCAGGAUUCUCUAAUCCAGGCACUGCGUCGCGAAAAGGAAAAAUACCCAAGCCACUAUUGGCGGGUGUAGAUAGCACAGGUACCUCGAGCACCGCCUCGAGCAAGAGUCGUCUGUUGGACGACUCCGGGGGCGAGGUCUCGCCAGGUAUAAUGGAAUUUGCGAGCGCGGCCUCGAGGCUGAAAGGCACUGUUUCGAGAUUGUCGGAUGGCAAGCCUGAAGACAUGAUGCUGCUGGAGAAACAAGGCAGAAGCUCGCAAAGACAAAGAAUGCAGGAGGGCGAGACACGACGUGCCGGCAGCCUUCCUCCCAGCUCUCUACCACGGCCACCGAAGAGUUUGAAAUCGACCAAUUCGCGUUAUUGUCGAUUAAGCGACACGGAGACUCGCAAGAAGUCGGAUCCAGGCCCGGCUCUGGAUUCUUCAGCGAGCAUGAAGGUAGUACGGGACGCGAGCAAUUGCACGAUCGAGUACGGUAGAUUCGACACAAAGGCCCAGCGCAGAAAGAAAUCGUCCGGCACGGAGCCACUGGUUCCUGUCAAUUCAUCGAAGAAACCGUCCUCCACGCUCGGUCACGAGUACGAGCGUCUCCAGGGCGAGAAUCUUCGCAAGAAGCAGCCAUCCAUCUCGGAGGUGAAGCACAGGGAAACGCAGAGCCGCUCGUUGAUACCGCCGCCGUCUCGUCGUAUCGGGGAGUACGGUCGUCUCAGCGAAGGUACUCUGAGGAAGCAGACUGGUUCACGAGGACAGAGUACCGGUAGCACGGUGAGCAGCAAGAGCGGAGGACGCGAUUCUGGUGGCACCGCCAGCAGCGAGGCGUCCACUUCGUCGUUGCCACCUUCCAAGGCGAGAUCAAUACCGCGCCCCAGUAAUUAUCGCAUUCAGUUUUGAUUUCCAACGCUUACAACGGAUUUUUCCAGUCUAUUGGAUUCUUUCAAGGGAUGUUCCUCCGGACUAAAGACGGAAACAUUUAUUAAAUCGGUGAUUCUUAACAAUCGUGCCACAGCGCAUCGGUCAUUAAAGUAGAAUAAAUCCAGAUAAACAGUAGUAUAUUACACUAGAGACUAGCAUACUAGAAUGUUUUGUCGAAUUAUAUGGGAUCUAGUUUCAUGAUCUAUUAAACUGUGCCGUGAGCUUAGAAAGGUUAAGAACCACUGUAUUUUCCAACGUAUGUAAAAUUACAUUUUCACACGGAACGUGUUAAAUAUCGAUACGACGCGAAUUGCCUUAUCAGUCUAGUUCCGUUUUCAUUCAAAACUUUACAGGCUGUUCUCGAGGGUAUCUCGAAGAAGAACAAUUUGUACGUCGAAUGCGAGCGUUAAACCGCGUGUAAAGUAAACUGGAAUACAGAUUGAAAACAGAUACUGAUCGCAAAAAAAAAAAAAAAGAAAAUAAGGAAGACCAGAUUCGAGAGCACCUAUUUGCUUCGUUCUUCGGUAGUUCGAUCGCACAGAGUCCUAAACGUGCGUAUAUGCGCGAGCAGUACGUAAACAGCCAUAAUAAUGAAGCGCUAGUUCCCUUCGAUACUGUUAAAAGAAGGUGAAGCCAAUCGCACGAUAUAGCGAAGACGUGGUAUAUUGUUGCGUAGCGAUAGUGCAUGACCUAGUCAUUACCAAAGUAACUUCUACUAUGAAAUGGAAUUGAUUUCCUCUUAUUUCGUAUGCACCGUGCCUACGCCUCAGAACUGCGGCCUUUUAUCAGAUGUAUUCAUCGCGGAAAAAAAAAAGAAACGAAAGAUGUGCCUUGUAAGACUGCGUAAAUGCUCGGUAUAACUAUAGGAUAA